CUACUAUAACCAUCACUCCUGUCAUAUUCGUUACCACCACCACCACCACCACCAUUACAACUGCAUCCAUCACCACUGACACUUUACUCCCAAAUUCCCCGCCGCCGCCGCCGCCACCACCACCAACACCACAUCCAUCAAUAUCACCAUAUUCACCAUAUUCACCAUCACUGCCAUUGGGAAACGUUAUUUACUGCUAGUAGAAGCUAUCCGUAUACCAAGAUGUUUCUAUUCGAUAUUAACAUCACUAAUGACCACCAAAUGAGAAUUAAUUCAUCUAACAUGAACGCUACCCCUGAACAACUCUGCCUUGACGUUCAAUCAAGCACAGACUACCAUCUAUACAACGAUAGCAAUUAUUGCGAGAGGAUAUUCGAUGGAUUUCUUUGUUGGGAAAAAACAAAACCAGGAAAAAGGGCCUUCAUGCCAUGCCCGUUUAACCCAAAAGCGUUUGCUUUCAAAGAUUGUCUUCCAAAUGGAACUUGGUUCCGUCACCCGACCUCCAACGUUUACUGGACUAAUUAUACUCCUUGUUUUAGAGAUGUGGUAAGUUUUAACAUUGUUGCUGUUGUUGUUUUUGUUGUUGCUGUCGUUGUUAUUAUUAUUGUAAUGACCGUCAGUUUGACAAUUAUUUCCUUUUCUAGUCAAUUGAACUGUGCUCGAGUGACCAUCCAUAAACACCUUUUCUUAACAUACAUCUUAAGUGGAAGUGUUUGGAUCAUUGAAUUUGGUGCCAUAGUUUCAAACGGUCCAGUUUUGUUUGAGAAUUCGUUCUGGUGCCGCUUGGUUCAUGUGUUAACACAGUAUAUGACAACGUGUAAUUACUACUGGAUGUUCUGUGAAGGUCUCUUCAUGAAUGUAGUCAUUAUACAAACCUUCACAAUCGAACACUACCUCUUAAAAGUCUGCUGUGUAUUAGGAUGGGUUGUACCUGUUUUGCCAGCAUCGAUAUACGCUGUAGUUCGACAUUUGUACGGAGAUAACUCCAGGUGCUGGACAGGUAGUAGCCCGUUACAAUGGAUAAUUCAAGGACCGGUAAUAUUCUCUUUAAUUUGUAGUUUCAUCCUCAGCAUCAACAUAUUAAGAGUGCUUAUUUCAAAAUUGCGAGCAACAAACACAGAUCGCUAUCACCAAAUGAGGCGCAGUAUACGUGCCAUCCUAUUCUUAAUACCCCUGCUUGGACUACAUUUUUUGAUCAUGCCCUUACAUACUGCAAAGGGCUCUCAAAUGGAAUAUAUUUACAGUAUCUUUUCAGCCAUCCUCAUUUCCUUCCAGGGUUUAUUUGUGGCUAUCCUGCUCUGUUUUGUCAAUGAAGAGGUGAUAUCAGUAGUUAGACGGAAAGUCAAUCAAUAUUUGCUACAUUCUGGUCAACUAGAUAUUAGACAGUCAAAUUUAUCUUCAGCUAUGGAGAGUACAGCCCUUUCACCUAAGAAACUUUUCAGUAAUGUUGACAACAAACCGAUUGUGAAUUUGGAAUAAACAAGGUCUACGCUGUUUGCAAAUAAAACCAAACUAAUUUCUCGUU